AUGGGUUCACUCGCGCGUUUUGCCCCUUCACUACAUUCGCUUCUCAAGACCGUGAGGGUUUCCACCAAAAAGAUGCAGCCCUUGAUCAUCAUUUAUGGCUCGACGGGCACUGGCAAAUCGGAUCUGGCCGUGGAGCUGGCAACCAGAUUCAACGGCGAGGUCAUCAAUGCAGAUGCGAUGCAAAUGUACAAGGGCCUGCCAAUCAUCACAAACAAGCUCAUGGUCGAAGAGCAACGAGGCAUCCCACAUCACCUUCUCGGCAGCAUCGAGCUCGAUGAGGACCCCUGGACUGUGACACAUUUCAAGAAGGAGGCUACCAGAAUAAUAUCCGAGAUACGCGAUCGUGGAAAUCUCCCCAUAAUAGUAGGCGGCACCUCGUACUACCUCGACGGCUUGCUUUUCGAGGGCCGGGUAGUCGACGACCAUCCCACACUCGAAGGCGGUGCGUCCAAUCGCGAGGAACUGGCGGCGAAAUAUCCAAUUCUUUCCGAUUCCCCAGAAGCAAUGUUGGCGAAGCUGCGCGAGGUUGACCCCGUCAUGGCGAACAAGUGGCACCCGAACGAUGCGCGCAAGAUACGGACAUCGUUGGAGAUCUACUUCGCCACGGGCCGGCGCGCAUCCGAUAUCUAUGCCGAACAGCGACGCCGGAGAGAGUUCAAGUGGGCGGUUCGAGAGCAAAUCCAUGGCCACAGCCUCGGGGAAGUUUUGCUAUUUUGGUUAUACGCGCAGCGAGAAGUGCUCAACGGGAGGCUCGACCAGCGCGUGGACAAAAUGGUUGAAAGAGGCCUUCUCACCGAGACAGCAGAAGUCUUUGACUAUCUCCAGGGGAGAUUAGCAGCCGGUGAGACGGUGGACCGCUCCAAGGGCAUCUGGCAGUCGAUUGGCUUUCGCCAGUUUGAGCCAUACCUCACCGCGCUGAAGAACACGCCUGGGAAUUCCCAGUUGGAUAAACUCAAACAGGCUGGUAUCGAGGACACCAAGGCGGCGACACGCCAGUAUGCCAAAUACCAAGUGCGCUGGGUGACCAUGAAAACCAUUUCUUCUCUCCAAGAGGAGAAGCUGCUGGAUCGGUUCUAUCUCCUAGACAGCUCAGACAUCCAGCGCUGGGACGCAGAGGUGCUAGGAAAAGGAGUAGACCUGACCAGGCGAUUUCUCGCUGAUGAGCAGCUGCCCGUGCCGGCCGAGGUUUCGGAGACGGCCCGGGAGGUCCUGGCCGGGAAAGUCGAACGCAGCAACCAUGUGGACACGCCGUGUCGCAAAACUUGCGACCUGUGUAAAAAGACCCUCUUAACAGAAGAGCUGUGGCACGCACAUGUCAGUAGCAGGAAGCAUCUCAAGGCUCUGCGUGGAGCCAAGAAGCGGCAGCUAAUACCAGCCCACGCCGCACCUUCAACAAGCUUGAUAGCAGUCGAAUCUGGUCUCUCGGAGGGAGAAGACACAGCAAUAACAGAUUCCUCAUGA